AUGGCAGGAGAAGGGCACAUCAUGCUAACCAUCCCCAAAUUUGAUGGGGACUAUGAGCACUGGAGCAUGCUAAUGGAGAAUUUGCUGAGAUCGAAAGAAUUGUGGAAUCUGAUUGAAACUGGCUAUGUUGAGCCAGCUCGAGGAGAAAUUCUGACUGGAGCGCAAAGACAAACUUUGGCGGAUCUCAAGCUUAAAGAUCUUAAAGGAAGUAAGCGCGUUCAAAGGGCACAACUUCAACGCCUCAGAAGAGAGUUCGAAAUACUGGAGAUGAAGAACGAGGAAACUAUUGCAUAUUAUUUCUCUAGGGUGUUGCUAGUGGCAACUGAUAUGAGGAACCUUGGAGAGGAUAUGCAGGACAAUCAAAUUGUGGAGAAGAUUUUGUGCACACUCUCAGAGAAGUUCACAUACAUAGUGUGUUCAAUUGAAGAGUCAAGCGAUAUUGACAGUCUCUUGGUGGAUGCACUUCAGAGUUCGUUGUUGUCUCAUGAGCAAAAGAUCAUGAGACAUCACCCAAAGACAACAACAAAGGAAGAACAUGUUUUACAGAUCACAUCCUCAAGAGAAGGAAGCUUUGGCGGAGUACGAGGAAGGGGCAGAGGAGCAUUCAGAGGUCGGGGACGUGGACGUGGAAGAUUUGGGUUUGACAAAACUCAAAUAGAAUGUUAUAGAUGCCAUAAGUUUAGGCAUUUUCAAUUUGAAUGUCCUAGUGCGGAAAAUCAAGUUAACUAUGUGGAGUUCAAUGAAGAGGAGGAACUCUUACUGAUGGCACAUGUGGAGAUACAAGGCGCAAAGAUGGAGGAUUUGUGGUUUCUUGACAGCGGGUGCAGCAACCAUAUGUCUGGAAUCAAGAAAUGGUUCUCAGAUAUGGAUGAAACGUUUAAGCACUCGGUGAAGCUAGGAAACAAUGCAAGGAUGAUGGUUCAUGGGAAAGGGAGUAUCAAGCUUAAGAUAAAUGGCCUGGUUCAAAAUUUAUCAUCUAAGUAA